AGGAAGUACUCUUUUUCAAAUUUGAAUGAAACCUAUCGUUGACCAUGGUUUUGAAAAAACAUGAAUCUAGAAAUGCAACAAGGAAGUCACCAUGGAGUGAUUAAAUUUACUGCAGAAUCUGGAGGCAGAGGUUAUAAGCUAUAGUAAUUUGGGAUUUAUUCAAUGGAAUACUUGGUUCUUCUUUGAGCGCUCACUAAAAAGAUGUCAAAUUGCAGAUAAAAUUUAGAAGUGACUUGCCGGUUUGAUACUUCAGUACUUACCAAAUUGUGCAAAGAAGUAUCACUUGACUAAACGAGAUAUUGUAACACAACCGUUGCAUCAUGGUGGUUUGGGUAUUAAGUAUAUUGUGGACUAAAAUAAAGACAAAUUAUCUCAAAACCAAUAGCUCCAACGAGGGUGGCAUUAACAUGUGAAUAAAAUUUGGAAAUAAAUCUUACAAUAGAUAAUCUGCAAAGAUUAGGGAAUAAUUUUAGUUAAUCAUUGUUUUCUUUGCAAGAAUAUUUACAAAAUCGUUAGAAAUUUACUCUAGCUGGACUAAUUUGUUGCAGGGCUUCAUAAUUCAUAUUUCCUCUGUUCAGUUUUGAUGGGUUAGGGGUGAGGACGGGCUAUAUUAGCACAAUAAGAACUCACAAACUUAAGAAUAAAAAAGACUUGCCUAUUUUACAGAUUGCUUUCUGUAGGUUGAGAGAAAAAUAUGCAGGUUUUUGAAGGACACUUCCUUAUUCUAUCAUCUGAGUGAUUCUUCUUUUUAUACUUCCACAUUUGGUUGACGUUUUAGUCUCUUGUCAGUGUCAGAUUAUCAAUAUCAUUGUUACCAUUAUUGAGUGGUUAUCUUUUGUAUAAAUUGGGUGGUACUCUUUUAUAAAUUGUCUUCAUAUUAAAACAUGAAUCUGGUCUCAAAACUGUUGCUUAAAUAUUUCUUUCUAUUAGUGGAAAAGUGUGAAAAAUUUUCAAGAGCAUUGCCAUGAAGCACGAACUAUUCUUGAAAUUUUUGACGAUAAGAGGAGACUAUUCAGUGCCGGUUUAUGGUUGCGGAUGAUGAACAAAAAUUUCACUCUAGAUCUUUGUGUAGUGCAAGUUUGAUGGUUGGAUAAGUAUUGUUCAAUGAAAACUGGAAGUGUCACACAAGAAAUGACGGCUGUGGUUUCAUUAUAUCCCCUAUCAUUUUAGUGCUCAGGUGUACUGAUUAUAUUGAAGAUACCUUGUUAAAUCGUAAGAUUUCAUUCUAUCCUAUAAAUUAUGACUAUCCAUUAUGCCUGAGUAUAUAAAUAGAUGUUGAGGAUACAACAAAAAUACAAAAAAUGAAGGCUAAAUGUCGGAAAAGGUACUGUAUUUGGUACUCAGUAUGUUGCGGUUGUGCCAAUUUUUAUGAUUUUUUAAUAUUGUUUUCUUGACAUUUAGUUAUGAAAAUGGAACGAUAUGUUGAAAUUUCCAUUUGAUGACUUGCUGCCUGCUUGGCUUUUUCAUUAUGAAAAUAAUGAAAAUAUUAAUACUCAAUAUUGACAGUAGUAGUAAUUGUUAGAAUAUAAAAACCUUUAAUGGACCUACUACCACAAGCUUGAGCUUUUCGUUCAAUUGGUUCCUUAGGUCUUGCUGACCUAGAGAUUGAAAGUUCAAACAUCACCACCACCCAGUUUUAAAAAAAAUUAGUGUUCACGUGUAAGCCUUGAAUACAUAUAAAACCUUUAUGAGCCUACAACCAUAAACUUGAGCUUUUGGUUGAGUUGGUUUCUUGGCUUGACUUUUAUACCAUGUCAAAGGACCAAUUUCUCCAAAAGCCCAAGCUUGUGGCUGAAUUCCCAUAUUCUUUUUGACAAAAGUAGUUCUCAAUUAUUAAAGGAAGUUGCAUCCAUUUACAAAUGUCUAAUGCUACAAAAUACUUUUUGUUCCAUACUCUAUUUUUUUUUUGAAAGAAUGAAAUCAUUACAAUUGCUUUCUGUAAUAGACUAACACCAAACACUCAUCUGCUCUAUGUGCCAUCUGUUUCACAGUAUUAACCUUCGUUAUCCAUGUUUUUUCCUUUUGUUUUUUUUAUAGAAUUCUAUCUAAAAUUUGUUCCAUGCGUAUAUUUUAAAACUUAAUUCUGUUUUUUUUGUUUUUUUGUGUGCAGAAAAUGAGCGGCUGAGAAAAAUUUAUGCUGAGUCAUUUAACAAAUUGGCAGACCAGGUUCAAUUUUUUAAACAAGUCUUACAAAUUUUAUAAAAUCCAAUUAUGUUAAGAAUCUAACUUGUCUUGGUGCAGUUAAUACCUUGGAUAUUUUUUGCACACUUGUGGUUUCCUUUUUUCUUAUUUCAAAGUAUUGGAUGUGUAUUUAUUUUCGCUCGUCAAAGUAAAAAAAUCUUUGCUUAGGCUAGAUAUAGUUAAAAUCUUGUUUUCCCACAUGGAAUUUCAUAGAUAUGAAAGAGGGAUUUCUAGAAUGGUAAAAACACUCCCAACUAGUCCACCAUCAUCACCACAAUCCCAACUAGUUGUGGCUGGUUGUAUUAGGGCCUAUUUGGUUUGGAGGAAGAGGAGGGGAGCGGAUGAAUGGGAGGGAGGGAAUGGGAAAAGGGGUGGAGAGGGAGCCCAUCCCCUUGUUUGGUUAGGGACAGGGAGACGGAAGAGAAGGGCUAUGCUAGGGCUUCAAUCGAAGUAGCUAUGGCGGACGGAGACAAGGGAGUUGAAUAGAGGCAGAGAUGAGAUUUAUUUGAAUUACCAGAGUGAUUAUUUACAAAGUUGCCCACAUUUUCUUCUAUCUCCUCGAGUACUAGAAUAUUGUUUUUUUGAAGAUAUCGGGCCGAACAUUUAAUUUGAAUGGCUCAUGGUGGCCAGAUGUUAUUAUGAAAAUUUACCAUGCCUAGAUAUUGUAUCCUUCAUGGGAUGAUGGACGAUUGGAUAAUUUUUUGAUUUACAUUAGAUAAAGAAGGUGAAUGUAGAGAAGCUAUAGAAUAUUAUAAAAUAUAAUAACAAAUAUUGAGGGGAUGUUGAGUUCUUAUGAAAAAUAGGAGAGGUAAUGAAUUCUCUGACACUCCAUUUACUAUAGAAUAAUGUAAAAUAUCACAACAGAUAUUGAGGAGAUGUUGGCUUCAGCGUAUAUUAUAUACCGUAAGUUAUUUCCACACUAAAGUCUUCUAUAUACCAUCCGAAACAUAGCAGCAUACUCCCUCCCUCCAUGUCAAAAGGCACAAGUCACUAUUUCAAUUUCAUAGAUAACUUUUGUUUCUUUAUGUGUUCAUUGAUCAUUUGAUAAAAUAAAAUAGUCAUGUCAUAUCUUGUUUUGUAGAACUUUUGAUAUAAUUUUUAAACAUGUACGUUUUAUUUUUUAUUUCAAUACUAGUUUUUAAAUAAAAUGGUUUUAAAAAGUGUGGGGUUUAACUUUGUUAUUCGUGUUAUGCCUUUUGGCAUGGGACAGAGGGAGUAUUUGUUUGUUCAACAUGUGGUUAUGUUACUUCUUAAAAUCCCUGGUUUUCGUACCCAUUUGUGAUAUACUGUUACCCCAUAUGCAUAUAUUUAAUGACAUGCGAUCAUAGAGUUUCCAGAUUUUCAAAUGUUGUAUAUCACUGAGUGCUCACUUUAUCUAUGAAUAGAUGUUUACUACGAAGGGAGUAAAUUAUAGAAUCUAUUUACAUAAACACAUUGAAGAAGCCGCUUUGUUGUGAAUAAUUUGAAUGAGGCGACAGAUUGAAAGCCGAACUAGCUGCCAGAUCUUGAAUGAUGAAUUGAAGAAACUAAGUGAUGAGCAUUCCCAGAAAGAAAAUGUGAGUUAAUGCACAUCUAUACCACUUCUUGAAGGGUAUGUGGGUAUGUAAACUCAAACACUGCCAUUACUUAUAUUUUCACCAUUUUAAGCUGUCAUCGUGACUUUGGAGUAGACCAAUGCAUUUCUCCAUUGUGUAUCAUCGGAGGACAAAUUCUUAAAAAAAGGGUACCAAGUGAUUUAUGUAUCUUAAAGUAAUUACUUGUUAUUAGGAGUUUAAGAUUGCUAUUUUGUCCCUCAAACAUGAGAACACAAUGAGGAUUCAAGAUCUGGAAAGUCAAAUCAGAGAGUUACAGACUGAAAAGGUGGCUAGUGAAGCAGCUCUUAAUCAUCUUCACCAAGAUUUAACUGUGCAUAAGAACCACAUCGAAGCUUUGACAAGGAGAUUAGAACAAGUCACUUCUGAUGUAGAGUCUAGAUAUCAUUACGAGAUUCAGGGCCUGAAGGAUUGUCUCUUGGUUGAGCAAGAAGAGAAAGCUGAGUUAAGUAAGAAGCUCCAAGAUUUGGAAAAGGAAUUGACUGUCAGCAGAACAAAACUUGUGGAGUCCCGACAAGAUUUAACUUCGAAUCGGCAUGUGGACGCACUGAAGCAAAAGAUUAUGAAACUAAGGAAGGAGAAUGAGGUUCUGAAGAGGCAAAUCACCUAUCAAAUACAAGGAUAGAUGCUUUGUAAGUUAAAAGCAAAUUCCCAGUUUUUGCAGUUAUGGACUUGUGGCCUUUUUUUUAAUACACGAAAAUUGAAAUGUCGAUGCAAAGCUCUACUUGUAAUAUGCACAGUGCUCUAUCAUUGUUUCUUACGGUAAAAAGUUUUUAUUACCGUGCAACGCUUGGGUAUGAAUCUACUGAAGGAUAAAACCACGAGUUCACUUUACAAGUUUC